GCCAAAGAUGUUGGCUCGGUCAUGUGAUCAGCUGUGUCCAAUCACAGCUGAUCACAUGUAAACAGGGAAAUGCCGGUUAUCUGCAUUUCUCUCCUCACGAGCUGUCACGCUGACAGCUCUAGAGAAGAGGAGAGCAGGGGACAUCUACACUGAUGAUCUGUGUAGCCCCAGCAGUGCCACCUGUCAGUGCCCAUCAAUGCCAGCUGUCAGUGCUCAUCAGUGCUACCUGCCAGUGCCACAUCAAUGCAACAUAUCAGUGCCCAUCUGAGCUGCCUUUCAGUGCUGCCUAUCCG